AACAUUUGACUGCAGGAAGUGAUAGGUCUCCUCUAGUGGCAGUCAAGGAACUGAUUCUCCUCCCUUCUGCUGCGAUGAACACAUCUGUGGAAAACAAGAAAAAGCUUAAACAAGAUAAGUCGAAGAAGAGGGCUCUGAUGAAGCGAACGCCUAUGAAGUGUCAGUUGAAGCAGGAAGGGAAGUGCUCCCUGAAGUCAAAGGUGGACAUUGACCUAUCAGAUCCUGGUUUGCCUUGGCCAGGGUCAGACAGUGACUUCCAGGUGAAGAAGGCCUCUGCCCCUCCCUGGAUCCAUCGUCUUGUUCCUGUGGAUCAAACACCGUCUGCUGUCCUUGAGGCCAAAAAUGACCAGCAGCCUCCCAGACAGUCAGCCCAGACCCUCAACCUCAGGAACAAACCGGGGGUUUCUGAGCCCGUCCGAGAGAGGAUGCAGAGGAGACCCAGCCAAGAUGAGCACCAUAAAUCCAAAUAUAAAACUGGAAUUGAUGGGAUUGACUGGGAAAGUCUGACAAGACAAACAGACCUGUGGAGGAGGCACAGCCGGCUUGUUAAUUCUGAGUGUGGGACACCCUCAUCUUCAGAGGCCAAGACAGACUAUUACCAUACAGUCUCUACCCAAUCCCCUUAUUCAGCUCUCACUGCCAGUGCAAGAGCUCUUCAUCCACAGGUAACUGCAGAUCAAGGAGUCAAACAGAGCAUCCAUGCCCCAUUCCUCUACCCUAACACCUGACUUAACACCAACUCUCCACUUCCAUCACUGACUGUGUGUACUUGGAUUUACAGUAGAUUACCAUCUUGCACUUGGCUCUCUCCAGUAAGCUGAUGUCUUAAGUGUUGUGUAAAUGAGAAACCUGGUUCCUGUAACUGAAGCAGGGAAUUAGAGAAACUUGAUUCCCCGAGGGAGAUUCCUCCUGGACAACACAGAUUUCCUUACCAUGUGUACAGGUAACUGGGUUUCUAAUCUGC